GCUAUAAUAUCAAGUCAUAACACUCAAGUCAUGAUAUUCAGGCAUGAUUCAGGUCACGAUAUUCAGGUCAUAAAUAUUCAGGUCGUAAACAUUCAGGUCAAUAUUCAGCAAUACUUAGAAGCUGAUAAGAUGGAUAAAGCUGACAAGAUGGAUAAAAAACCACCAAAUAUCGUGCCAAAACAUCCAGAUAAUAAUAAAUACACAUCAAAACGCAUUAACGUACAAGACGUCACGAAAGCAUUGUCAAAAAUAGCAAUUGUCAGCGUUCCGGCGGAUAUCGUGGAAAUUCCAGAAGAGUGA